GAGAGGGCGCCGCAGAACUCCGUGCCGGUUGCCAUGGCAAUGAUGGCGGCCGGGGCCUUGCGGAGGCGCUGGGCCCGGCCUGGUUUGCGGCUCCUCGGCCUUCGUCCUGCUGCUUCUUCUCCUUCUUCUUCGGCGGAAGCAGGGCCGCGGGGCCUGGUCUACGAAGAGCACGGGGAGCCGGUGCGGGUGCUGCGGCUGAGAGACCUUGACCUGCCAGAAGUGGGAGAUUUUGGGGUCCAUGUGAAAAUGCUUGCAGCUCCUAUCAAUCCCUCAGAUAUCAAUAUGAUUCAAGGAACAUAUGCUACCCUGGCUGACUUGCCUGCCGUGGGUGGAAAUGAAGGGGUUGGAGAAGUGAUGAGUACGGGGCAUAAUGUGACAUCUCUGAAGACAGGUGACUUGGUGAUUCCAGCUGAUGCAGGACUUGGAACAUGGCGAACAGAGGCAGUAUUUGUUGCAGAAAAAUUGCUGAAAUUACCGCCCGAUAUCCCACUGACAUGCGCAGCCACCUUGAGUGUAAACCCCUGCACAGCUUAUCGAAUGUUGUCUGAUUUCGAAGUCUUAAAACCAGGAGACUCUGUCAUCCAAAAUGCUGCCAACAGUGGAGUGGGACAGGCUGUUAUCCAGAUUGCAGCAGCCAAAGGUAUCAAAACAAUAAAUGUGGUCAGAGAUAGGCCCAAUCUCCAGGAACUAGUAACCAGGUUAAAGUCCCUUGGAGCUGACCACGUCAUCACAGAGGACAUGCUGAGAAAGCCAGAAAUGAAAGAACUCUUUAAGACAAUUCCUAAGCCGGUUUUGGCUUUGAAUGGCGUAGGAGGGAAAAGUGCUACUGAGUUGCUGCGUCAUUUGCAGCAUAAAGGAACUAUGGUUACCUAUGGUGGGAUGUCAAAGCAGCCCCUGACAGUUCCUGUGAGCUCGUUGAUCUUUAAGGACGUGAAACUCUGUGGCUUUUGGAUGACCCAGUGGAAAAGAGAUCACAGCUCGAACAAGGAGAAACUGGAAGGCAUGAUCACAGAUUUGUGCAAGCUCAUUCGUAGGGGUCAGCUUGCAUCUCCAGCCUGCCAAGAGGUCCCGCUGGAAGAUUACCAGGCAGCUUUGAAAGCCUCCAUGGAGCCAUAUGUAUCAGCCAAGCAGAUCCUCCGUCUGUGAAAUGUGUGCUACAGAAAAAAAACAUACAUAACUGGUUCCAAUGGAAUUCAAUCCCCGCUGCCCUAAGUGCUAUUGAGUCUAGAAAACUGGACUGUUUCACAGACCGAGUGGCCUGUGGCUUGAGAGGGAGAGGUGGACUACAGAUACAGAAAUGAUCUUGCCUGUAGACCUUGAAUAUGUAAACUUAUCAAUAAUGAUGAUGAUCCUGUUUAAAAGUGUGGAAAGGGACCUGGCAUAACCUUUCAUUGACUGGGUCUAUUAUUGUAAUUGCACAGAUGAAGUUGAGCCAGCCUACAAAGGUUUACUCUCAAAGGUGUUAUAAGAUCUCUUUGCUCUAAUCCAGAUUAAUGUGCCUAUUCAAUAGUAGUUGAUGGUAUUGGAGAGAAAAGUUCUGUUCUACACAAUCAAGGAAUACUCAUAAGUCUUGUGUCAAAAUGGUAAUGACGAUGUGCCCUUGGACAACGACUUCCAAUAGUUCUGCACCCUGAUUUGCAACGUGUGUGCAUUCAAAGUACCUACCACUAAAUGUUGUGAUUGGGUUUCCACAUUUUUGGUGUUAAACAUCUCAGGAAUUGUUUGGAAGUGGGUUGCUAUUUAUUCCUCCAUUAAAAUACUUUUUUUGGAA